AGAAAAUAACAUUGGAUACUCCUACGUUCAUUGCGGUCAAACGAAAAUGAAGAUUGUAAUUUUAUUACUAGUGUUUACUUUUUCAACAGUUGCUCUAUCUCUGUGGGAGUGUAAUUGUGGAGGAGAAUAUGAUCCAGUUUGCGGUAUCGAUGGAAAAUCUUAUAGUAAUAUGUGCCUUUUAAAGUGUCGAAAAGUUGAAUUUAAACACAAAGGAGAAUGCGAGAAACAAUGCUUUUGUCCUAAAAACUUCGACCCAGUCUGUGGUAGUGACGGCUUCACGUAUUGGAAUGGAUGCAACGCGGAAUGCUCCGGAGUAAAAGUUAUAUAUUCUAGGGCUUGUAUAAAAGAGUGUAAGUGCCCAAAGAAAUAUAGACCAACUUGCGGGGUUGAUGGUUGGACGUACUCGAAUGAAUGCCAAGCUAAAUGUAACGGAGCUGAGGUCAAACAUUUAGGUAUUUGUUCCUGCUUCGGUUCAGCAGUCUUUGAUCCCGUUUGUGGCUACGAUGGGCGUACUUAUGCUAAUGAGGAAACUGCCAAAUGCAAGCACGUAGCUAUUAAGACGAAAGGUCGUUGCUAACCCUUUUAUAAGAGAGAAUUUUUUGCUGAUUAGUUAUCGUCACUCAAAAGUAAUGAAAUUAUAAAACAUAGCUUUUAACCUUUUCAAGAUUUGCUAAUAAACUUAGUCUUUAUCCAAUAAGAUAGUUAUUUUUCUUUAAUGAUCUGCUAAAUAGUAAUGAACCCUUUGAAUAACACUUAAUAGCCUCUUUGCAACUAUAGAAAGAAAUGUUAUGUAUGAAAAUAUUGUACAUGGAAUUAGAGAUCUUAUGCUUUCUACCCUUAUUAUAAAUAUCUUACUAAGCAUUUCCGAUAUAAAGCUUAUUAUAAGGAAUUUAUAUAUUUGUCUAACCUAAACAAAACGCAUUAAUCAAUACGAGUUUACUUGUCAAGUCUGUAAUACUAAUUUCCUUUUUUUAUCCUUUUCCUUUAUUCUUCUAUCAGCUGCCGAAAAGCAAACAAGAUAAUAACAAAACUACAAAUUUCUAUUUUAUGAAAGCAUCAAUUUUCACAUAAUGGUUGAUCGAUAAUUACAUACUCUUUUCAUACGUUCUCAAUUUUUUUUUCUACAUUGAAGAUAUACGCUUUCUAGUACCCUGAGUAUACGGUAAAAAUAUUAAAGGAGUAAGAAAAGGCCUAUUUUAUUGAUUGUAUAAAAAAAGAAUUCCAAGAUAUCAAUUAACGUAUUCAUAGAUUACUAAAAGAAAAGAAAAAAUUAGUGAUCAAUACACAAAUCUCUAGCAUGGUUUCUGUUUAUUUGUGUAAAAAUUUUUUAAUAGAGAUGAAAGACCGUUUAAGGAAAAGCAUAAAAACGAAGCUAUAUAUUCCAUAAAAUUAUACUAAUAUGUAUACACUAUAUACAGUAUAUUGUGUACACUAUGUCUGUCUGUCUGUCUGCCUGUUUUUGUAUCUCUAUCUAGCUGUCUCUCUCCCUCUCUCACUCUUUCUCUCUUUAUGUAUGUAUAUAUAGACAUAUAUAUGCUACUUAUUUACUGUACAUGCUAUUUAAAAAUAGAUCAUAUUAGAUUUAAUAUAUCUGGUUCACCACGCACCUUGUUUUACACGUUUGUACAUUUGUGCGUUUAAUUAUGUUACUAACUACUCUGGGCAUUUCCAAGAGAUAAUUAUUCUUUU